AUGGCUGGAGGUAGUGGUGGAGGCCCGGCGGCCUUCCCUAAGCUUUUUGCCCAGCGCAGCCGCAUGAACCAUGAGGUCGUGACCUACUAUGCCACUGGCUUGGCCGCUAUCGCGGGCGUCUUCAUCAUCUUUCACUUGAGCCGCCUACUUGCUCGGAAGACUGGCGUUGCUGCGAAGCUCUCGUUUGUUGCGACACCUUUCGUUUUUGUGUCCCGCGUCAUUCGCAGAGUUUCUGUCGGCAAGGCUCCCUUCCUGCCCUCUACUGGCCAUGCUGCCGUUGCAAUCACCUACCUUGUGGCCAACAUCGUCCUCCUCCUGACGUACCUCGAUACCUCGGUCUUGCCCUACCUCACCGUCGUCGCAGCUCGUGCAGGAUGGCUCUCCAUCGCCAACAUCGCCUUCCUCGUCUUCCUCGCUCUCAAGAACACCCCUCUCGCCUACCUGACCGCCUGGUCUUACGAGCGUCUCAAUGUCCUCCACCAAAUUGCUGGCUAUGUCACCAUGGGCCUGAUCAUCGUACACGGUGCCACCUAUUCGGCGUACUUCAUCGAGUCGGGCAACCUCGAACGUCUCCGCGUCCACGAGGAAAUUUAUGGCAUCGUCUCCGGUUUCACCUUCCUUGUUGUGGUCCUCGCCGGCGCAGUCGUCCGGUUGUGGUACUAUGAGCUGUCCUACAUUCUUCACGUGUCCGGCUUCGCCAUCUCGAUGGUCCUCGUUGGCCUCCACCAGCCCGAGCUGUCCAAGAAGAUUAUCUUCAUCACGGCCGUCGCCGCCGGCAUCUGGAUCUUUGACCGCGCUGUUCGUCUCGUCCGGGUUGUGGUUUACAGUUUCAACAACACGGCUACUGUUCACCCCCUUCCUAAUGGCGGUACCCGUAUCAUCAUGAAGAAGGCCCCCUACGGCGCGAGGUCUGGCGAGCAUUGCUUCCUGUGGAUCCCCAAGAUCCGCGCCUUGGAGAUGCACCCCUUCACCAUUGCGGCCAUGGACCCCCUUGAGUUCGUCAUCAACUCGUACGACGGCUUCACCCGCGACCUCCACGAGUACGCCGUCCGCCACCCGGGUGCGACCCUCAAGGCCUCGGUCGAGGGUUCCUAUGGAACACUCCCCAACCCGGCCGAGUACGACAAGGUGAUCCUCGUCGCAGGAGGCAGCGGCGCCAGCUUCACCGUCGGCAUGGCCCUCAACCUGCUCAAGCAGCUCACGCGGAUCUCGGGGCAGAGCAUCGUCUUCGUCUGGAUGGUGAAGGAGCACACCCAUCUCGAGUGGUUUGCCCGCCACCUGUCUACGAUUCGCAACUCCUCGCAAUCAUCUGUCCUUGUCUACGUCACUCGGACCCCCAACUCCAAGGGUGCCACCACCGACGAAGACCGCUCCCGCUCGGCCACCAUCUCAUCCCAGGCUUCCACACCCAUCACUCCGGCCACAGAGAAAUUCGACAUCGAGAACGGCAUUACCCAGCAACCCCCAAAGGUCCUUACCCGGGCAAUCUCUGAUCCCGAGAAGUCCGGCUCUGAGUCUGACGCUACGUUCCCCGCCUCUCCCCUCCAACAGAACGGGGUCCCUGUUCAGGUCAACUCCAUCCCCAUCAACUACGGCCGCGCCGACGUUGCAACCAUCAUUCGCGACAACAUCAAUGAUGCGGCCCCCAACCAGCGCGUCCUCGUCAUGGGUUGUGGCCCUGAUGGCCUGAUGGCCCAGGUCCGCAACACCACGGCGUCCUGCAUCCGCACUUCUGGUCCCGCGGUCGAGUUGCACUGCGAACAGUUUGGCUGGUAA